CGGCGACCGAGUUCAAGCGCGAGUCGGAGGAGGACCGUCCGAAGAAGCGCGCGUCAAUCCUGUCGCCGGAGGACGACAAGCUCAGGGUGAAGAAGAAGCCGAUGACCGUACGCUUCCAGGACGACAAUAAGACUGAGGAACGCCCCAACAAGGUCACUUCGCCGGGCGCCGCCAGCAACGACGCAAGGAACGAGAUUGAGGGCAAGCAGGGAAGCAUCAAGGUGGUGCAGCUGGCCGUUCUCCAGAAGCCGACCAACAACGAACAUGAGGAUUCAGACGAGAAACCUGGUAAGAUGUGCAUGGAGGACGACGAAGAGACUGACUCCAGCGGCUCGAUUUCCGACUCGGCCGCCAACGACUCCCAAGACGGCCGCCCGCACGUUUGCGAUGUCUGCGACCUCAGGUUCCAGCGCUCGUCCCACCUGUCGCGGCACCGGCUCACGCACACCGGCGAGAGGCCGUUCACGUGCGGCGGCUGCGGCCGCUCGUUCGCGCGCUCCGACAAGCUUCGCGUGCACACCAAGAUCUGCGAGCGGGAGGACCCCACCGUGGACAUGGCGAACGAGGUCACCACGAUCAAGCGCGAGAACACCGGCUCCGAGGUGAUGUCCGGAAUGGUGCGCACCACGCACCGCGAGUCGGGCCACCUCGUGUUCACCGCCAGCGGGGACGUGAUGCUGCCGCCGCACGUGGCCCACGCCCACGCGCAGGCCCAGGCGCAGGCGCAGGCCCACGCCGCGCCCGCCGCCCACGCCCACGCCCACUCGUUCGCCCACGGGGCGCCGCGCGACGAGCUCGAGCCGCCGCGCCGCGGCCGCGGCCGCCCGCGCAAGACCCCGCUGCCGCUCACGCCCAAGAUCAAGAAGCGCCGCGGCCGCCCGCCCAAGACGUCGCUCGACAUGGAGGGCUGCGUGCUCACCAGCGGCACCGUGAUGGGCCCCAGCCCCCAGCACAUGGCCCACCUCACGCCGUCUGGACAACAGCUGCUGCUGAAGAAGAAGCGCGGGCGGCCGCCGAAGAACUACCUGAUGCCGCAGGGAGGUAUGGAUAUGGCAAUACCGAUGCAGUACGGGCUAGCCGCCGAAAUGGGCAAGUUUUACGGGAGGCCGAACGAGAACUACAACGCGACCAACCUGCCGUUCGGCGACUUCUCGUACCUCACCGAGAUGAUCUACAACCCGCUCGCGUACACGUACGGCGCGGCGGGCGUCGAGCCGGAGCGCGCCGCGGACGGCGACCCCUCGUCCGCCGGCGAGCCCUCGGCCGACCACGAGCGCACCAUCGACGUGUCCGACUCCACGUCCGACGACGAGGAGGGCUCGCGCGCGGGCCCCGACGAGCCCUCGGCCGAGGCGCGCGUGCUCACCGUCGGCGACUGCCAGAUCGUGAAGCUGCCCGCGGGCGAGGAGCGCGACGAGCGGCCCCGAGCCCUCGGCCGAGGCCGCCCCGCCCCCGCCCCCCAGCGCCGUCACCAUCACGCCGAUCACCACCGUCGGCGACUGCACCAUACGGCCCGUCGAGAACACAUAAUAUGCGCCCCUGCUGCUGAUCUGCCCCGUCGCCACGCCGCCCCAAUAGACGCGCACCCCGGCGCGCACUCGACGUUAGUUCGACCGAUCGAGCGUUGUAAUCGAAGCGUGUUCGGGGUGCAAAUCGGAAAUUGGUAUCGCAAUAGUAGCGCGACUUGCGCGUAUCGAUUCACGUGCGCUCGCGCUAGUAGUGAA